AUGCCGCUGCACAUCAGGGCUGCUGUAGGCUGCCCAGGUUUCCUGAGCGACAGGGACCUCGAGGACGGCUGCUACCCGCCCGGACCCAGGCCGCCCGCAGGAGGCGGCGGCAGCUACCACCCCCAUCAUGACGGCCACGGAAACAUGCUGGGCGGAGACAGCUAUCCCUCGUUCGGCAACCCACAAGGCAACGUGAUAGCAAAACUCGUGUCUCCUAUCGUGUCCGUGGUGGUGGUGACCCUGACCCUGGGAGCGGCCAGCUAUUUCCAGUACAACAGGAGGAGGAAUUGCUUCAGGACAAACGAACCAGAAAACAUCUGA